CAGCUGUUCACGAGAUAAGGUGGUCGUGGUGGUCGUACUUUCUCGGUGUGGGUGAGAUAAAGCGACACAAGCAGUAACAGUGAGAUAAAGGGGAUUGUAAUACGCUUUAUGUAAGAAUCGGGGAGAUACAGGUUUCUGCAUUUCCAUUUAAAAUGUGAAUGAUGAAAAUGUAAAGACAUUUAGAUAGUAAAAAUAGAAUGAUUUGAUUUUGAGGGAUUCAGUUCAUUCAUCAUUCUCUCUUACUUCGUGUUCUGGUUUGAAAAAUUAGACAUUCUUGAUAGUGUUUAAAGUCGAUGAAAAAUAAAGAGAGAAAAAGAAUUAUGUUUCAGAAAGAAAGUGUGUUCUUGAAAAUUAGAUAUUCAUCGUAAACUUCAAUGCGGUGAACUGAGCGUGAGUGAAAUGAAGAAACAAAUUCAGUAGAAAAUUUUGUAUGUUUCUUUGAUUUUUUUUUUUUUUACUUUUUUCUUUUUCUUUUAUCCAUUUCUUAUUUGGUGUCAAAGUUGCUGAAAAAAACAACAAAGUGAGUGACUGCAGACCACAGAACUAAGUACCUAGAAAGAGAAAGUAUUUUUUUUUUUUUUUUGCGUGGAAAGAGAGGAAGUGAAGGUCCACCAUGAGGCAGUUAGACGAUUCUCAGUUACGGAGGCUUGAGGAACACAAGUACUCCUGCAUGUCGGUGUCAUUGAUGGACCCUUUGAUGCAGAAGUGGUGGUGUUGGCUAGUGGAACAGUGCCCCUUGACCCUAGCACCCAAUCUGAUCACCAUUACGGGUCUUGCUAUCAACAUCUUCACCUCACUUAUUCUGGUUUACUACAGUCCAGAUGCAAAACAGGAGGUUCCUCGCUGGGCAUGUUUCUUGUGUGCCUUCGGUCUCUUCGUCUAUCAGAGUUUGGACGCAAUUGACGGCAAACAAGCGAGACGUACAGGGACGUCUUCUCCUCUCGGGGAACUGUUCGAUCAUGGGUGUGACUCGUUGUCAACAGUGUUUGUCUCAUUGGGUGUGUCCUGCUCGGUGCGUUUAGGAACACUGCCAUAUUGGAUGUUUUUCCAGUGUAUGAUGGCAGUAACUCUCUUUUAUUGUGCUCACUGGCAAACUUAUGUGUCUGGUACUCUUCGUUUUGGGUACAUUGAUGUCACGGAGGCUCAGUUUGGUGUUAUGGCUAUUCAUAUGGUCUCUGUUAUUCUUGGACCUGAGUUUUGGGCAAUGAAGGUUCCAGUUUUGUUGGUGCCAUUCAGAUGUCUACCUACAAUAUUUGGUGUAAUAGCAGCAUCAGUUGCUCUCUUUAAUAACUUUAAGAUUAUACUGAUAGAGAGAGGAGCUGGCCGCAAUGGCUCCACAGUGGCUGGUACGAGUGUGUUAUCUCCUGUGGUGCCUCUGUCUCUCAUCCUCGUACCUGCCGUUCUCAUUGCAUGGAAGAGCCCAGAAAGUCUCUUCCUGCAAGAUCCCACAAUUUAUUUGCUGACUUUUGGAUGUGUGGCAGCACGUGUCACAAAUAGGCUUGUGGUGGCUCACAUGACUAAGAGUGAGAUGGCAUAUAGUGACGCAUCCUUGCUUGGGCCGGCUGCUCUCUUCCUUAACCAGUACUUCAACUGUCCUAUAUCAGAAAAAUAUCUCCUGUACUGCGUCUGCGCUUAUGUCAUCUAUGACUUGAUCAAAUAUUGCCGACAAGUAUGUUUGGAAAUUUGUGAGCAUUUGAAUAUUAUGAUGUUCACAAUUGUUCCAAAAUACCCUCAAACUAAAGCAACAUCUUCCAUGGAGAAAAAUGGCAGCUCUAGCAAAUAUAUGACUCGCAGUAAGAGCAAGGUCAAAAAUAAUUGAGAGUUGUUAAAGUAGUGAUGUAUGUAAACCAUAAAUAAAAAAAAAAAAAGCGAUAAGGGUAUUAUAAAUUGUUAUGUAGGAUAAUGAUUACCUUCAUUAUUAUUAUUAUUAUUAUUUUUUUUUCCCCUUUUGUUACUCUUCUCAUCAUGGUUUUAAUUUUUGAACAGUGUCCAUGUUAUGUCACCUAAUGUGUGAGAAAUAUGUUGAACAGCAAACUGUGUGUGGGAUUUGUAGACUGUUAUAUGUCACUGAGCACUUAGCUUUUGCCAUGCAGAAUUUUUAAUACUGUUAACCACUAAGGAAAAUACAACAGCAGAUAUGCAUGUGAACCAGUUGCUUAUUGUUAAAUAAAACCCUAAUUUCUCAGUCCCCCAGAGGCAGUGUGUUAUUAGUCUAUACUUGCUCUAAUGUUGAUGGUCAUUGCUCCCUAGAUCUCAUUUAAUGUAUAAUGGCAAUAAAUUUUAUCCUGCAUACAGAAUUUUUGAAGUUCUGAUAUCAUUCCAGUAAUAAAUAAUCAUUUGUAAAUAAUGUAAUCUUAUAUUAUAAAAGACAUCUAUUUGACCCUUUCAUUUACUUUUUUUUUUUUUUUUUUUUUUUGCUUUUUUAUUAUUUUAUUAUUAUUGUUAUUAAUAUUAUUAUAUUUUUUUAUUAUUUUUGUUAGGGGAUCAUUACAUAGGUCAAUAAAAAAAAAUUUACUUACUCAAGAGCUGUAUAACUAUAGUACCAAGUUAUACUAAUUUGGUGGCAAGACAGGGUAAUACACAAUGGGCAUUUUCACAGUAGACAGUCAGGUUCAUCAAUAAUCAUAAUCACGUCAGAUUAUUCCCUAAAACUUAAUUUCCUAUACAUUUAUAUCCAUAAAAUACACAGGAUUUAGAGAUUUAGGUUGUCAGCCAAUGCGUAAAUUUAAUGUCACAAUUCAGCUUCAUUAGUGGCAUAUAUAUAUGUAUAUUAUUUUCCUCAGACAGAUAACAAUUUCAUGUUCUCGUCCCACUGAUAUUACGGAUGUAUUAAAUAAGUGACAAAGAGAAGUUCAUUUCAGUCAUUUUACUGCUCUGUUAAUUUUAAGCAUGGAGGCAUACAGAUAUUUUUAUUUUCUACAGCUUUAACGAAAAAUUUAUUUAAUGUAUACUCACUCUCUUAUAAGGAUAAAUAUCUUUUAUUUAUUUCCUAACUUCUUGUCUUUCCACUCUUUGUCACCUGCUGCUCUCGAACAAUCUGUCGUCAUGUUGCAAAUAGCUGCAUAAUCAUUCUCCGGUUCUUCCAAUUAUUUUGUGCUUUUCGAAGAGGAUAUUUUGCGUCGAGGAUGAGAAAUAGUCAUACAGUAUCUCCUAACGAAUGGCAGGUGACAGGAUUGCGAUUGCUAAAAGGAAGUCUGUGUGUUCAGGUAAUUUAGAGAGCAUUGCAGGACAAUGGUGCCACUUUAAAUUUUUUUUUUUUUUCUUUUUUUGUUUCCCCAAAACCCAACCCAACCUAACCCAGUAUCACCUACCCUUUUUUCUCAGUAUAUUUUGAUGGCAUAUCUUUUCAUUUUAUUUUUCUCUAACAUACUUUAUAUUAUUAUAUAGUUUGGUUUCCCUUUUUUUUUUUUAACCUGGUAAAUUGACUCCAAAAGGUUAUGAUUGUACUUUAUGUUGAGCAUUUUCUAAUCACAGAAAUAUGAUAUGUCUGAAAUGCUUUAUCUAUUUUGAAAUGAUGUUUGUAGACUUUCCUGUCCCUGAAACAGACAAACCAAAAAGUGCUGUAUUGGCAACAUCUGUCCAUAAUUGUUAUUUGAAUUUUUUUCUGUGCUGGUUUCAGUGAUAUAAUGGUGCUUUUUGUCAGGAUUAGAGAUUCAGUGAAAUGAAUAUCUUAAAA